CUUUUGACGUUUUAGUGGUGUUGCGUGUGGGCAGCGCGUUUGGUUUAUAAAUUAGGGUUUGAGACAAAUUUUAGAGACAUCAGAGAAAAAGGAAAUUUUAUAUUUCAGGGGGAGAGAGAGGGAUAGUGAUCUGAGAUGUCGUAUCUGCUACCACACCUGCACUCAGGAUGGGCUGUAGAUCAGGCUAUCCUGGCGGAGGAAGAGCGUCUCGUGGUCAUCCGAUUCGGCCACGACUGGGACGAAACCUGCAUGCAGAUGGAUGAGGUGCUUGCUUCAGUUGCUGAAACGAUAAAGAACUUUGCUGUGAUUUAUCUUGUUGACAUAACGGAAGUGCCUGAUUUUAACACAAUGUAUGAGCUGUAUGAUCCAUCCACAGUCAUGUUCUUUUUUAGAAACAAACACAUUAUGAUUGACCUUGGCACUGGAAAUAACAACAAGAUUAACUGGGCUCUCAAGGACAAGCAGGAGUUCAUAGACAUUGUUGAGACUGUAUACCGUGGGGCAAGGAAGGGUCGCGGUCUGGUAAUUGCUCCAAAAGAUUACUCUACUAAGUAUCGCUACUGAGUGUUCUUGUAAGCUGUAGUUAAUCAGGAAGAUCUGCGAUCAACUUUUGCAAAUUUCAUGCCAUUUGCAUUACUUGCAUGAAUGUUGGGAUAAUUGACUUGAGAGUAAUAUUUGAGAUGAAAAUUUGAAACAUA